UAUAGCUCCUCCAGCAAGAGUGAAAACAUAACCACUAGUAGAUUGUAUCUCAUCAUUAUCCGACACCCAAUUAGCAUCACAAAAUCCUUCAAGAACACAAGGUGUCCUUUGAUAAUGUAGACCCCAAUUGGUAGUGCCUUUUAGAUACUUCAACAAUCUAAUCAAGGCAACCCAGUGCUCCCGAUUAGGAUUGUGAGUAUACCUGCUCAAUCUACUAACAGCAUAAGCUAUAUCAGGUCUAGUAUAAUUCAUCAAGAACAUUACACUUCCAAUUAUUUUUGCAUAUUGUUCUUGUGAUAUACUAUCACCUUUAUUCUUUUUCAAAUGAAUACUAGAAUCAUAUGGGGCUUUCACAGGAAUACAAUCAAAUUGAUCAAACUUCUUUAAUAUUUUCUCAAUAUAAUGAGAUUGAUUUAAAGAUAUCCCAUAUGAAGUUCUAGUAAUCUUUAUUCCAAGAAUAACAUCAGCCUCUCCUAAAUUCAACUUUAGAAUGUAGGAACUAAAACCGCUAACAAUAUAAAUUUAACUUAUCUGGAAAACCGUGGCGUGAAGAAUUCACUGCCCUAAAGUUGAAUUUGCCCCGCUACAACACACGACCUCUUAGCAAUCAACCUCCAGGGGUACACGGUCUCUGCGUUUCCAGUGUAGAUGGAAAAACAGAUUGAAAACGAUCUUGAAUAUUGCCCAAAAAGAUAUUUUUCGAGAGAGGAAGAAGAAGGUGUUUUUGAUUUUCUGUGUGUUAAUGAGAACAGUAACCUCUGUAUUUAUUGAAGAAUAAUAGGGUUAAAACGUGGUUACCAGCCGACACUUGGUGGGAGGAGAUAAUGUCACGUAAUUAGGAAAUAACGGCUCAUUAAGGGAGGAAAUUAGGGAAAAAACGGUAACCUAAUCACUGGCUAAAAACAACAGAUUUUUGACCCAAAACUUUAGUUAAGUUAAUUUUAUUCCCCAAAGCCCAAAGCUCAAGGCCCAUGGCCCGAACCGGGCGCGUGUGGUGACUUUUGUCACACAACUCAAUGGGUAUAGAAAGUAUAAUGUAUAUAAACCCUUUACACUACCUAUUAUUCUAUCAAUGUGGGACUCUUCCAAUUCUCUUUUGAAGCAACUCUUGAGUUUCCUUUAAAAAGCAUUUAUUAUAAAUGCCAACAAUAUUAAUUAUUUGGAAAUUAUUAAAAUAAAAUGUUUUAAUUGAAAAUAAUGCUCGUCGUUUUUCCUUCGUCAUCAACGACUCGAUUAUUUUUUUUCAUACUGGUGUUUUGAAGUUCAAACAAAAUUUUGAUUCCUUGGCUUCAUCCUCUUCGGCAAUGUGCAUCUUUUGGAUUGAUUCAAUAAAUCUGAUUUUAGUUGUGAGAUGAAUUCAAACUUUAAUUUGCCGUAUGCUUCUGCGAUGGUGUGCUGCGCUGGCGGCUGCCUGGCUUUGAGCUUGGUGGUUUUCGUGUUGUCCGGCACCGCAACGGUGGGGUUGGCUGCCAUGGUAGAUCUUCAAGUUGUUGAAGAUCUCGCGAACGGUUAGCGUGAUUCGUGGCUGAGGUGGGGAAGCCAGUUCGAAUCCUCAGGAAGAAGGCUGACAUCUUCGGGUUGUUGGCGUUUUGUUUUUCGCUGAAUCCAUAGAAGGCGUUCAAUUUUGUUUUGUUUUGCUGUUGUUUACAGCAAUUUUUAAAUUAAAAAAAUAAUUUGACAUGUUUCUUUUAAUUACGCCUAUAUGACGGCAUUGUUGUUCAAUUAAUUGAACAUCUUUUCUACGCAUAACUCAUCUACUUCUCUCACAAUAACCUCACCAUCUUUUUUUUUUUUAAAACCUAGCCUCCCCUCUCCUUUUCUCUCUCUAAAACCCUAGCCUCCCUUACCCCUUCUUCAUCAAUUAGGAGGCUGCCAUGAAUGUUUUCAUCCAUGGUAAGCCCCUUUUUCCUUUUUAUUUUCAGUUUUUAGUUCAUUUUCUUGUUUUGUUCAAUAAAUUAGUAUCUCUUUAUGAGAUUUUCUCAAACCCUUUUAUGGGGUUUUUAGUUUCUGUUCUGGAAAUCUUCUUCUCCCAGAAAUUAUUCUCAUUGGUUGAAGUUCGAGAUUCAACCUGAAGAAUUAGGGUUUCACAACUUCUGUAAAAUUAUGGAAGACUAUUGGAGUACGUUCAUCCCAAAAUUUCCGCAUCUACAGAUCGUAUGCCGAACCAGAGCGAACUCACAGAUUGCAUUGCUUCAGAUGAAGAUUUUUAUUAAGGCAAAAUUAAGUCAAAUAUGCGAUGUUUACAUUUCUAGGGUGAUAUGUAUUUCUAUUAGAAUUUUAUGUUUUUCAGAAAUGACUUGUAAGUGCCGUUUGACGAAAUAUUAAUGAAAUCCCUUUUCUUUCUUCCCAAAAAAAAAAAAAAUUGAACAUCUUUUCAAGAUUAGCUUAAAUCUAAAAACUGCCGCUCCCCCCUCCCCCCCUCUCUCUCUCUUUCUCUCUAAACUCUAGCCUUCCUUACCCUUUCUUCAUCAGUUAGGGGGUUAUUAUGGAUGUUUUCAUCUCCCCUCUUCCUCUUUUAUUUUCAGUUUUUAUUUUUGUUGAAAAAAUUAGUAUCACUUUAUGGGAUUUUUUUUAGUACUCUCUACUGUGGAGAUCUCCUUCUCACCUAUGCGAGUUGUGAGUAUGGUUUUUUGUUUUUAGGUAUGAAAAAUUAUUCUCAUUGGUUGAAGUUCGAGACUCAACAUGAAGGUGUUGGAAUCUCGGAUGCGGUAAACAGGGCUCGAUCAAGAUUGUUCUUCCCAAACUAUGUCAGAAUGAUAGACUUUCUCAUCUAUAGCUGUUUGAUUCAGCAAAUACAAGAGGGUUGCGCUGUGUUUAUGCUCAAAUUUAUCUCUUACGACGAAAUUAAAGUUCGGGACGAUUCAACCAGAUUAUGUGUAAGACAAUGUAAUGAAUGAAUGCAAUGGGGAUCAAAGGGGAUGAACACACAAAGAUGGUGACGCAGAAAACCCCAAUGAAGAUGGGUAAAAACCGCGGGUGGAUGAAGAUCCAUCAAUCUACUAUGGUUGACUGUCGUUAUGAGCUAAUGACAAUCGUUACAGAGUAUGCUUUUCUGUUCGUCUAGUACAAAGGUAGUUUUUUUUCCUAUCUCCUGAUACUUGUUUUUCUUUUGUAUGCCUUUUCUUCCUUUGGCUUUUUUCCAACGAAUACAAUAAUAAAUUCUCAAUCUAUUACAAUGGUAACUGUAGCUUGAUUAUAGGAGAUCUUCCUAAUUACACUCCAGCAAUCUUUUUCCCUCCUUCGCAUAAUCUGUCGACGGAUCUCACGGCGAAUUUAAUGCCUUGCUGAACUCUUUAUAUUUUCAGAUAAUCCGUUACCUGCACUUCGGUUGUCCAUACCCUCGUGUCUUUUCGUCGCGUCUUCACGUCACAGUCGUCGUGUCAUUAUGUCAUUAUGUUAACGUCAUCCUGCAAAAACUCAGCCAUAACAGUUUGCCCCCAAUUGUUGAAUCAGGGUUACGCGAAAACCAUGAGACAAUUGUUAAAAAAUCAUAAAAACCAAAUGAAGAAACUUCAAUGCAAUCAAGGCAUUUCACCAAAAAUAAGCAUAGAAAAAAUCUCAUGCGAUAGAUAUGGAAAAUAUCCUUCGGACAAAACAUAAGGGAGGAAAAAAAAUCCACUUGGGCAGUUAUUCUAGGCAACCCCAAGGUUACAAAACGAAAAAUGUAGUUUUUUGUUCUUUUAAAUAGCCGUUUAAUUCUAACCGUUAGCCCAAUGUCAUGAUUGCCUUUGAAGGCAUAAAUAUCGUGGGCGGUUAAAGAUUUUAUUUUCACCAAAUCUUUCUCUCUCCUCAAGUAAGAUAGUUUCCAUAAAUAACUCCCAUUAUUCUCUCCGCCGGAAAAUCGACCACUGAUACCAGGUAAUUUCAUACUUUCCGUUCGUCAAUUCCCUUAAUUCGCACUAUUUUUUCCUCUUCCCCAAUUGCACUUAUGGCACCUAGCAGACGUAGCAUUAGGACAUUCGUGAAAAACCAAGAAAAAUCGAGAGGUAAAGAAAAAAUCGUGGAACAGAGGAAUGAAAAUGAGGAUGAACUGUCAACGAUGUCAGAGGAAGACAUGCUAAAGUUUUUAGAUUUAGGGAAUUUUCCCGAAAGUACUGUCAUUAGGAAUGCCGAGUCUGAUGAACCACCAGAAACAUGUCCCCCCUAAUGGGUGGUGCUCUAUGAGUAUCCCUUCGAAAUAGGCCUGAGACUUCCCUUCACCCCCCUAACAAGAGACCUGAUGCAAAUUUACCAGAUUAGCCCUGGGCAGAUCAUGCCCCAAGUCUGGCGAAUCUUGAGUGUCAUCGACAGAGUGACGGCGUCAUGGGAAGAAGCCUUCACCCUUCACGACCUGCUGUUGAAUUAUGAAAUUAGGGUCAAAGCAAAAAAUAGAAUAGCCCUACAUGCAAAAGCGAGGUUAGAACCUCUGGUUGGGGGAGUUCAGUCGAAAGACAGAGGUUGGAAAAACAGAUUUGUGUUUAUGAAGAGGUCGUCGCUAGAGGAUGCUGGGAUGUCUCUGGUUAGCGGCUGGAAUACUGAAGGUGUGUUUAUUUUCAGUCUUUUUACAUUUGUGUCGCGUCGUUAACACUACUCUUACAUCGUUUCUACUGCAGGUCUUAACCCUAAACUGCUGUCGCAUCGCGACGAGUCUCAUAGUCUUUGCGACAAAUUUUUGAAAGUACUAGAAGAAGACAUGCAGUUCAGAAGAAUUCUAUUUGCUUCUCAAGACAGUUAUCUAUUGUAUCCGGUAAUUUUAUCUAUUCCUUCUAUCUUAGGGUACGAGAAAUUCACUUUUCUGAUUGAACGCUUUUGGACAGGUUCAUCACAAUCACGCCCUAGGGGGAGUCUGGACAGCCAAGCACUGGCUGAAAUGCUACGCAAACGCAAGAGGGAAUCCUAUGCUGACACUGUGUUCCUGUCGACGUCGUCGACGAAGAAGGACGCAGCAAUCGUCGUCCACUUGGACGAUGAGCAAGAUGUUGCGUCUAAGACGCGCAAAACUGACUUCCUGGCCCAUCCAGACAAGAGUGGGCCUUCAUACACUGUGACCGUCCCUAAUGACUUUAUGUCGUUGGAGAGGUCCAUAUGGCAUGAGGCUGAUAUGUUCCUUUUUCCUAGUGCUAUGGAAAGGAUCAAGGAGCACACUCUUCCUCGCAUGGUGUCGGAUGGAUUUGAGCUUCUGUUCCAGUCCUCUCAACAUCUCCUUAUGGCGAAGAGGGAGAUCUCAUCCCUGCUGAAGGGUCACUUGACCAUGAAGCAAAGGAUGGAGAAGGCUGAAUCGGACACGAAGUCCAAAGGCACUGAAGCGGAGUUUUAUAAGAAAUCUAUGGAGGACAUGGAGGUAAUCCUAAAGAAAAAUGGAGAAGAGCUGGAAGAAAUUAGGAAGAAAGCGACCAAGUUGGAAGAAUCCUUGCGUCGGGAGAUCGAGACUCUCCAACCAAGUGUUGACGCACAGAAGAAUGAGCUGGACCUUCUUGAGGCCGAAGUGACGACCAGGGUCAGGGCUAAGCUAAUGUACCAGUUCCUAAUGAAAAAGAUGGCGUUGUGGACGCCACAGAAGGAUAUCGACCUGUACCUUAAGUAUAUGGGGUCGAUGAAGGAUCUGAUGGACGAAGAAGACUUGGCUGCGACGGCAGACUCUUCAUCAAAGGUGGAUGAGAACGCCCCGUCUUGAGCCGGAUUCAUUACGUCGGAUGUGCCACCUGACCCUGAGACUGAACAGGAAGCUCCAGCCAUUUCUUUGCCAGCUGUAGCGUCAACGGAGAAGGAAGCUGACGAGGUCCCUGACGCUUAGCUUUUAAUCAUUCUAAAUUAUGUCAUUUGUUUCUUGAACUUUAAUCAAACUUUGUUCUGGGUCACUCAAGGGAGUGACUGUUUGUUUUGUAUUUUUUGGGUCACCUACGGGGGUGAUCAUAAACUUUGAACUUUUGGGUCGCCCAUGGGGGUGACCAUUACUUUGAUGACUGUGCUUUUGAACCUUAGCAAUUUUAAUCUUAUGUUUUCACUUUGUGUCAUAUGCAUGUGUCUCAGUCGUUAUUCUGACAUUUUUAGAAGAUAGCCAGGCGCUUAGUAAGCCGUCUUUGGUCGUUCAGACGUAACGUUUGGACUUAUUAACUUAGAAUACACAUAGGAAAUAUAUGGAUACUUACGUGUGUUUGUCAGAAAAAUAGAUGAAAUCUCGCAAGCAGUUGUGACUUUGAAAUGACGGUGCCCCUGCUGUAACGUUAGCUGGGGUAGGGAAGACCAAAAGACU